AUUUCCAUUCAGGACAACCUCCCCCAAGCUGCCUCGUGCCGGGCCAUCCUCUCCACACCAACUCGACUCCUGAGUCCCAAAAUGACACUGCCAAAGGUUCGGGGGCCGAGGAAAUUACAACCCAACACGAAGGACAAGGCACGAUUGCCCGGUAAAUGAACCGGAACCGAGACGCCGUGACCAGUGGCCUGGUGAUAUAGAGCGCGUCGUUGUCGUUGUCGUUGUCGUUGUCGCAGUCAUACUCUAGCCGGAUCGCCAUCGUCACGACCGUCGGGGCCAUUGACUACUUGGCCCUCGUCGAAUCCAAAACCCACCCUCUGCGGACUUCGAUGCGAUCAUAAUCCCUUGUGCUGCCGGCCUUCGAACCCCUCUGCCGACCUAGCAGAGCCGUUGUCGCCAGAGAUGGCUGCCGCUACUACGACGCCGGUGUUGCCCACGCCCACGCCGACUCCCCCUUCGACCAAGCAUCCGUCUCACUCGGCACCCGUCACCCUUAACGAGGCCGGGCUCGACUCGCCCUCGUUUAGAGCUACCUCCGUCUACUUUGCUGAGCAGGUCGAUAUCAUCGAACGAUGGCUGGAAGGCUAUGCGAGGACGACGGCUAAGCUGUCGCACGACAUGCUGAGCCUCGAAGAUACUAUCAACACGUAUCUAACCAAGAUCAUCCCGCCGACCAACAUCAAUACCGUCGACCACGACUAUACCGCCCUGGCCCUCAAGCGGUACAAUGACGGGUCGAGGGAAUGGUGGACGCAGAUACUGAAUGCGGCUAGGAAGAUGGAGGCCAUGUCGGUCGAGCCCAUCCGCGGCUUUCUCCAGGGCGACCUGCGAAAUUUCAAGGAAACGAGAAAGAUCCUGGAGCAGACGCAGAAAGUUUUCGAUACGACGUUGGCUCGGUACGUGGGCCAGUCCAAGACGAAGGAGCCCUCGUCGUUGCGUGAGGACGCGUUUGCCGUGUACGAGACUCGCAAGGCCUACCUAAAGGCGUCCAUGGACUUCUGUUUCUUCGCGCCCCAAUUUCGUAUCAAUCUCGACAAGCUCCUUGUGCGGAUAUCCUGUGACCUCUGGCGUGAGAUGAAGAAGUCGCGAGAUACCGCGGGGAGCUUCGGGCGGUACAGCCACGAGAUGGAUCGGGUGAGAGGAUGGACCAAAGAGAUGGAGCUUAGCGAAGCCACAUUCCAACGCGAGUUGCAGAUAGCACGGCGUGAUAUAGGGGAGGUCGCACUAGCUACCUUCAAGCCGUCGCGCGAGAUCGACGACUACAGUGCCUCUACCGUUCCUUUCUUAGGAUCCAAGGGGCCUAUGAAUGUUGCUGCUGCCGGAACUCCCGCGGUGAUAGCGGAGAAACAAGGCUGGCUAUUCCUACGGACGAUAACCGGCAAGCCAUCUAGGACCAACUGGAUCCGAAGGUGGUACUACUGCCGGGAUGGUAUCUUCGGCUGGCUCGUCAGCAGCCCACAGGGUGUCUUGCAGGGUGACGAGAUCGGCGUCCUUCUCUGUAACGCAAAGCCUGCCGUCGGCGAGGAACGCCGGUUCUGUUUUGAGGUCAAGACUAAGAAUCAGACGCUGCUACUCCAAGCUGAGACCCAGGCCCAGCUGAUGGAAUGGCUCGAGGUGUUUGAAGUGGCUAAGAAGAAGGCGUUUGAAGCGAGUGUGAGUCGGGACAGUUCGACUCUACCCGGCGGCAUCGAUCCGGCCUUCUCCAUCACACCUCCUUCGCUACCGGAAUUCUCUGCCAAGGCAUUAGACACGCAACUUGACGAAGGGUCGGCAACUGCUGACCGAGCUGGAACUCUACCACCCCCUGCUCCCGACGGGGGUUUGGUUCCUAGACCAAGCUUUGAUCUCAUGUCAGCUCCGCCAAAACGAUCGGUGACAUCUCUAGCUCGUGAGGAAGGCGAGACAAGUCGGGAGCACGCAGCCCGGAUCAUGCAGAAGCUCGAUCUUCAUCGCAAGGCUACUUUCACUUCAGGUACGGAUGUUGGAUCUCUGUCGACAACAACCCCGGCCGGUGGCAUCGCCAGUCUCAUAUCUGCCAGUCAUGGUCUAUUGCCGGGAUAUCCUCCGGCAGCCCCCAAGCAAACGCAAGGGCCGAUAUUGGUGUUGCCAGGACCCGGGACACAACCCGGUAGCCUUGCCCCUUCAACGCUAGCCAAACCGCCAGCAAUGACCAAUCUUAGCGGGAUGGCUGUUGUUUACAGUAGCGACCGAGCAUUCAGCGCAAACCCGACGCAGAGCUUACCGGCUGCAAUAGUGGCAAAUUAUUGGGGUAGCAAUACAUGGGGUCAAGAGCAUUUAUCCAGGGCCACUUCGCGUGCGGAUUUUGAUCCGGACGAUCCCUUCGGGCCCAAUUCGCCCUCAAUCAGGAUGACCGUUGGCGAUGGCGAAGAGGCCAGAAGCCCAACUUCAGCACAUAAAAAGGCUAUCAGCAUGGACGCGAGGCUAUUGCAACCAAAAAUCGUUCAACCUGUUCCAGAGAAGCCGCCGCAGGAGAUCUUCCCGACCAAUUAUCCCGUGGAGCUCAAAACCAAUUCCGCACAGUUCCGGUUACUGUUCCCACGGGUGUCCUUGGAGGAGAAACUGGUGAUGGUCUUCCGGGCCUCCUGGAUCAGCACCUCCGAGACGGAUCGUGAUGCGCCCCAGAUGGCCGGUAACGGACGAAUCUACGUCACAUCGGAUAAUAUGUACUUUUAUGGCCACCAGAUGGGCCUCGUGGUGACUUAUACCAUCACUCUCGACACCAUCGCAGAGGUGACAGCCGCGCCUGGUAGAGACUGCGAUUUCAUUUUCCUUCACCUAAACCAACGAGCAGACGACAUGGGAUACACGCGAAUCACGAUCAAGACCUUUCUCGAGGAUCUUGAUCUACUACAUGCACGUUUGAAUCUUCUCAUAGACGACCUACAAGCUGAGGAGCCCAUGGAACUACCAGAGCUUAUCCGCUCUCUCAUCAACUUGGAUAAAGAAGAGUUAGACAAGGAUAGCCCUAGCGUAGAUAGCUGGGAAGAAAUUUCGGCCCAGACCCCUGUGGACAAUGGCACCGCGGGCGGUAGGGCAAUCGGUCCCCGACAUCACGGUUUCGGCCAUAGAUCUCGGCACAAGCUGUCGCGCAGACCCUUUCCGAAGUUUCAACUCCCAGCCCAGCCGGUCAUCUACGAGCCCGACGGUAUGCAGAGGAAAGUUGCAGAGCGGAAUUUCGAAAUCAGCGCUAAGGCAUGCUUUCACGUGUUGUUCGGAGACAAGAGCUUCGUCUUCCCCAAGCUCUAUUUCGAACGGAGAGCUCAGCAAAUUUCGCAGGGCCCUUGGAAGCUAAACGACGCCGGCAAAAUGCAAAGACAAUUUCAUUUCAAGGUUAACUACACCACGGGGCUGGGUAGGUCUAAAGCGGAGGACAUAACGGACGAACAGACAAUCGACUUAUUCAGCGAACACGUCACGUACGUUGUCGCACACGUGAAGACGCCGUGGCAUCUACCCCACGCGCACGGGUUCAAGUUGGUGACGAAGAUCGUCAUCACGCACGUCGCCAAGUCAAAAUGCAAAUUAGCCAUAUUUACAAAAGUAGCUUGGUCUAAGCCACCAGCACUGGCGAAGAACAUGGUUGAGCGGCAGGCACUCGACGACGCCGGGCAGGACGCCGAGGAGCUUGCCGAAGUGGCGACAGAUCAAGUGCGGAAGCUCGGUCACCACAGCCGCACGAAGAGGGCCAUCCAGGUCUACGGUAACGUCGGGCAACAGACGCAGGUUGUCGUCUUCACGCCCGGGGAGAACGACGCAUCGAGGAAGGCGCACAUCAACCCGCGUACGCUGAAUUCGAUGCUGCUCGAAACCAUCAGAUCUUUCGGCGACAGCGUCGCAUCGUCCCUGAUGAUGUGGACAUUCGCGGGGGUGAAGAAGCUGUGGGAUAUCAUCACGGCGCAGUGGAUCAUCCUAGGCCUGCUCGGAUUCAGCGUGCUCACCAACAUCGUUCUCUCGUCUCAGGGCAUGUCGACGUGGUGGGGCGAACGACGAGCAGCCAACUUUAUGAAUCGCGUCGGCGUCAGCCCGAAUGCGAUGAUGAGCAGGGCCAUCUACAUAGCGGACCUAGACGAAGCGGCCAAGAGUUCGGCCACGCCAUCUUCGUGGCCGCAGGACAGCUACUGCUAUUCGACAUUCCAGUCCAUCGCCAACAGCAGCAGCAUGGACGCGCCGUACGAGUACACGGGCUCCUCGCUCUCUUGGAGCUCGAGCCGCGCAACGGCGCGGCGGCUCCGGCAGACGCGGCAAAAGCUCGGUUCGUAUCGGCACGACCUGCUGGUCGCGAUGCGGGUGGUCAACAGCGUGGAGCGGGAGAUGCUUCAGGCCGAGUGGGAGAACUGGCUACUGGAUGAGAACCACCGGUGCGAGCAGGUGGAGGUCGUGCUCGCGACUUGGGACAGCUCGUCGUCGCCGACUAGCGGCGGGGCUAAGGGGGGCCCGGGGAGAGACAGCGAGCUAGCGCAGAAAGUUCUGCAGAGUGUGGGCAAAGACGAGUCCAAACGCAAGGGCUUGCAGCUGUGGUACGAGGAGUACUGCGGCAGCUGCCGAGAGGACCGGGAAGUGCUACUGCGGGAGAGGGAGAGCUUGUCUCUCGCGGGGACGGUAUAUUAGCACGCGGCGAGUGUCAGCCGCGGUCGGCCGGGCGGUAGGGAGAGAAGAUAAUAGAGGCUGCAAGUACAAGGAGGUCUCGGACGAGUAAUCACUGUUUAUAGAAGUGCGCGCUCCCGGUCUGUUUCGUGGGAAGAGGAGGAGUAGGUCGUGGGUAUCACAGGCAUGAAACGCUGCAUAGACAGGUUAGAGUGUCUGUUCUUUUGUUCGUCGAGUUUGUACCAAUGCAGGGUGGUGGUGGCAGUAGUAGCAGCACCUAGGACACGAAUACCCCAGAAUCGAACGUGUUGUCCUUGAGAACAUAACGAAUAGUGCCGCAUUUUCUUAGGUGCGCAUAUAUGUAGAUACCGCCGCCUCUUGUUACUUUGGUUAUUGUAUUGUAUUUUUGUUGUCUUUGGAUAGGAUCGUCCAUCGGUGCAGCCCCUAUUCCCAUCCCACGACUGGGUUCCCCGUUUGAUGCAUUGGAGGGUUACAUACAUAUGUUUUGGUACGUGACGUCAGGGGUAUAGACACGAGAUUGGAUGG